GGCAUAAUGGUUUACAGCUAUACGGUUAUGGCUACCGCCAUGAUAGUAACAAUGAUUCAAGCUUUUCCUGUUCAACAAUCAGAACCGCUACCAGACUUGUUCAGCCCCAAACUCGGUGUUCCUUUGCCUGCUACCGACACUCAAAAUGACAUCAUGGCACUCUUGCCUACAUUCUACUCUCCUCCAACUAAAAUCGUUUGGGAUGCCACUCCUUCUAUCAAUCAAACUCUGCCUGCGUUGAGUCUCGCUGAAAUGGAGACUCUUGCCAUGGCCAAUCUGAGAGCAAACCUUGCUCUAGGUCCAGGCGUCGAUAUGGCAUCCAUCCGCUCCCAUGUCGGUGUUAAUCAGUGCUAUACCUAUCUCAAACAGUCAGUCAAUGGCGUUGAAAUUGCAAAUACUGCUGCAAGUGCGUCUGUUAGAUUCACCGGACAGGUUUAUUCUCGAACAAGUGCUUGGGUUAAUAUGAAGCCAGAUGAUCAUCAUCGGCUCGCUAAGCGGGCUGUCGACCCACAAAAAAUCAAUGCAACCCAAGCUGUCUUUUUUGUUGCUAAAACCCUUGGAAAGUCUAUCACACCAGGCUCGAUUCAAGAAUCACCAUCCACUGAUGAUUCAGGAAAAAUCAUACUUUCGGGUGCUAAAUUCACCACUGCUGAAAUUAUCGCAUCUUCAAAACUCUACAUGACGCCCGAUGGCUUGCACACCGUAUGGGACCUAAGUAUUCCUAUGCCUGAAGCUUGGCUCAAUGUUUUUGUAGAUGAUAUCACUGGAUCAAUCCUUGGUGCUUCCAACUGGAUGUCCUCUUUAAGCAUUGUAUCUAAAGAUGACAUUUCUAGUGGCUUGCAGAAGCGACAAAAAAGCACCAUUCAACCUGUAUCGUAUCUCAUUGUGCCAUUAGGUGGACGAGAUAUUCGCACCUCAGUGGGCACCCAAUUGGUCCAGAAUCCAGAAGAUUUAGUAGCCUCACCCCUUGGAUGGCAUAAUACGGAUAAUGGCAUUGGCAACAUUGCAUCUACGUUUGGCAACAAUGUUAUUGCACAAGAAAAUAGAAAAAAUCAGCCUAAUCCAAUUCUGGGACUUCGUCCAUCAGUCAACACCUUUUCAUUUCAAUUUUCCGUUAACGAUAUCAAACAAAGUCCUGAAGAGUAUGCUGAUGCAUCCAUUGUAAAUACCUUUGCCAUGACAAAUCUAUACCAUGAUAUCCUCUAUCAAUAUGGAUUCACUGAAGCGGCAGGUAAUUUCCAGGUGAAUAACUUUGGUCGUGGUGGAAAAGGAGGAGAUCCAGUAAUUGCCAAUGUUCAAGACGGAUCUGGAGUUAAUAAUGCCAACUUUGCCACUCCGCCUGAUGGUCAAGCAGGCAUAAUGCGUAUGUUUAUAUUUACUUCAGCAACACCUAAUCGAGACGGCGCAUUAGAGAACUCUGUUGCCUUGCACGAACUUACCCACGGAUUAUCCAAUCGAUUGACUGGAGGGCCAGCCAACGCCAAUUGUUUGUCCUCUACCAUUGCGCUAGGACUAGGUGAAGGUUGGUCUGACGUAGUUGCGCUGAGUUUAGAAGUAUUACCCACCGACACGAGAAACGAUGAUCGUGUGAUGGGUGCAUAUGUAACCAACAACCCUAAGCGUGGCAUUCGCCUCUUUCCUUAUUCAACCAACAUGAACAACAACCCUCACACGUAUGCUGAUGUUCUUCGAAACUCAAAUCGGCACUACAUUGGAGAGAUAUGGGCUUCAAUGUUGUGGGAAUUAUAUUGGAACUUGGUAGAAAAACUUGGAUUUUCCACCAAUAUUAAAGAUGGUGCAAAAUCUGGUAAAGGCAACACUGUAUUUUUGCAGCUGAUUGUGGAUGGCAUGAAGCUCCAGCCCUGCAAUCCCACCUUUAUUCAAGCACGAAAUGCAAUUGUAAGGGCAGAUCGUGUUGCAAACAACGGAACUAACUUUUGUCUGAUUGCAACAGCGUUUGCUAAGCGAGGUCUUGGCCAAGGCGUCAAAGAUAACGAGUUUUACUUUAACGACUUCACCUUUCCUGCCAAUUGCAACUAGUUUAUAUUUAUGCCAAGCUUAAACUGCGUUACCAAGGGUUACUGUUGAUGCUAACAAGAUAAACGUUGCUUUUGUUUCUUGUACCAAAUCAUAUCUUGUAAUAAAAAGACAUUUAUAUC